AGAAUGUUAAAACGUUUUAUUUGUCUUAUUUGUCUCAUUAUUUUUAUUUUAUAAAAGAAGUAAAAGAUCUCGACCUUCGGUCUCGGGCUUGCACUGAUCAGCUCUCAACUUCUCUCAAAGGUCUCCUCGAUUUGCAUAGGCCCGUGCAAAAAAGCAUCUUUUAUUUCUUAAAUAAUCAAUUCAAUAUGGCGGCCGAAGAAGAGAAAAUGCUUGAUAGAAUUCAUUGGAAACCUAGAUGUAUUGACUAUUGGAGUAAGUGGAGAACGUGUGUAGCAUCUUCAAAUCAAUUCCGUAAAUAUUAUCAAUAUGGGAAAUUCGAAGACUGCAAGGUUUAUCAAAAAGACUUGAAAAACUGUUUUCUGUGGAAGACUAGGAAGUCUGUGGAUGCUUUAGACAGUCUUAUAUCAAGGAAGCAUGAAGAGGAAUACAUGUUGUCUUCAAGAUUUGCACACUGUGUUUGGGAAAUUAGAGAUGACCCAUCAAAUGAUUGGAAUCAGUGACAAUAGUGAUCUGACAAAUUGUUGAUUAUUCUGAAAAGUUGAAAGGGGAAAUGACAGUAUUUGGUCAACUCAACUUUGAUAAAGAACCUGAAAAUUUUGAAAUACAUUGCACUCUUAAUUUACAUUUUCAUUAUAAACGAGUGUGAUUUGUGUUGUGUGACAUAGCAACGCUAGUAAACGCUGCAUUUACAACACCAAUAGCAACAAAAAGAAAUAAUAAAAUAUUAUGUAUAUUGUUGAA